AUGUGGGCCCCAGCCCCUGAGGCCUGGUUGGGAAAUGAAGCCUUUCCCGCGGCUGUAGGAGCGCUGUUGGCAGCGAUGGCCCUGGAGGGGCGCUGUCUCCGGCGGGGAUCCCCAGCCAUGAUCAGAAAGGGCUGUCAGCGACAUCCUAAAAGGCCAACUCUGACCCGGGUCACUUCUACUCUGUUGUCAAGGACACGCCUGCAUGGCCUGAGGCACGUUUGUGUCCCUGGUGGCUCAGUUGGCCGCAGGGCCUUCUGGCUGCUGGCCCUCUGCACCUCCCUGGGGCUGCUUUUAUCUUGGUCCUCCAACCGUCUACUUCACUGGCUUUCCUUCCCCACAUACACGCGGAUCCACGCAGAGUGGGCCAAAGAACUGGCCUUCCCCACGGUCACGAUCUGUAACAACAACCCUAUCCGCCUCUACAAGCUCACCAAGAGCGACUUGUAUUUUGCCGGCCACUGGUUGGGCCUGCUGCUGGCUAACCGGACAGUGAGGCCCAUGGUUCUGGACUUGCUUCAGGACGACCGUCGGGCCUGGUUCAGGAAGCUGUCCGACUUCAGGCUCUUUCUUCCACCCAGAAACUUUGAGGGAACCAACCUGGAGUUUAUGGACAGACUGAGCCACCAACUGGAUGACAUGCUUCUCUCGUGCAAAUACAGAGGAGAGCCCUGCGGAGCUCACAACUUCUCUUCUGUGUUCACCAGAUAUGGGAAGUGCUACGCGUUCAACGCUGCCGAGGAAGGGAAGACGCUCCGCACGACCAUGAAGGGAGGGACAGGAAACGGCCUGGAGAUCAUGCUGGACAUCCAGCAGGACGAGUAUCUACCAGUGUGGGGGGAUACAGAGGAUACAGCCUUUGAGGCAGGUGUGCGGGUGCAGAUCCACAGCCAGGCAGAGCCGCCUUUUGUUCACGAGCUGGGCUUCGGUGUGGCCCCCGGAUUCCAGACUUUUGUCGCCACACAGGAGCAGAGGCUGACCUACCUGCCUCCCCCGUGGGGAGAGUGCGAGUCGAAGGCCCUGGAGUCGGGCUUUUUCCAGGUCUACAGUGUAACCGCCUGCAGGAUUGACUGUGAAACCCGCUACAUUGUGGAGAACUGCAACUGCAGGAUGGUGCACAUGCCCGGUAAUGCUCCAUACUGCACGCCUGAGCAGUACAAAGACUGUGCUGAGCCUGCCCUUGCUAAACUGUCGGCCGUGGAGAGCAGUAACUGCAUGUGCAGGACGCCGUGCAACAUGACCCGCUACAACAAAGAGCUGUCCAUGGUCAAAAUCCCCAGCAAGACCUCGGCCCGCUACCUGCAGAAGAAGUUUAACAAGACGGAGAAGUACAUCACAGACAACAUCUUGGUGCUGGACGUUUUCUUUGAGGCUCUGAACUACGAGACCAUCGAGCAGAAGAAAGCCUAUGAGGUUGCAGGCUUGCUGGGUGACAUUGGAGGUCAGAUGGGUCUGUUCAUUGGAGCCAGCAUCCUCACCAUCCUAGAGCUGUUCGACUAUGCUUAUGAGGUGGUAAAGGAAAGACUACUGGAGCUACUGAGUCGGGAUGAGGAGGAGGAGAGUCAUGCGGAGGAUGUGAGUUCCUGUGACGCCGUGGCAAACCACUCAGAGUCCAUCAGCCACACUGUGACAGUCCCGCUGCAGACGACGCUGGGCACCCUGGAGGAGAUUGCCUGCUGA